AUGGAGAACUUGGCAACACCGACGCCGCAGCAGGCAGAAGCAUUUGUCUCAACAUUAGCUCUUUUCAUUCUGUUCCCACAGAGCUCAAAGGAAGGAAAGUCAUACCUGCGCCUUCCGGCCGUAUGGAGAGAUCUGUGGACUGAGUUUGCAACCGCAAAGAAGGCUCAAGAGGACGAUGUGGAUAAGACGGCCGUCAGGAGCUUGAAGAAGUUGAUAACAGAAAAUCAUGGGAGCUUCGAAGAUGAUGUCGUCUUGUUGGACAAUUUCCGCAGAAGAAAUGGAACUCCAAACAGAAUGGAUUCUUCUGCCAAGUCAUCUGGUAGCAAGGAAUCGUCGAACACCCAGUCUCAACUGCUGCAGAAUAUCUGGGCAGAAAAGUCAUCAACAGCUUCUUUCCAGCAUAUGGCCCUGGGAAGGAUGAACCUGCCGAUCUGGAAUUUCAAAGAUGAAAUACUCAGUACGCUAGACACUCAUCGUGCGCUCAUCAUCUGCAGUGAAACGGGUAGCGGAAAAAGUACGCAGAUCCCAUCCUUCAUUCUUGAACAUGAAAUGCAGCAAGGCCGUCCUUGUAAGAUUUUUGUCACAGAACCCCGAAGGAUAUCUGCUAUCUCUUUGGCUCGAAGAGUCAGCGAAGAACUGGGUGAGAGCAAAAAUGACGUGGGAACGUCUCGCUCUCUCAUCGGUUUUGCGGUCAGACUAGAGAGCAAAGUCAGCCAAUCCACGAGAUUAGUCUUCGCGACGACCGGAGUUGUGGUACGAAUGCUAGAGCGCCCUGACGAUUUCCAAGAUAUCACUCAUGUCGUACUUGAUGAAGUUCAUGAACGUACGAUCGAUAGUGACUUCCUUCUCAUCGUUCUCAGGCGGUUGAUGCAGAAGAGGCCGGAAUUGAAACUGAUCCUGAUGUCGGCUACCCUCGAGGCCCAACGCUUCUCUACCUACCUAGGGGGCGUUCCUGUGAUGAACAUACCAGGUCGAACUUUCCCAGUGGAAAUGAAGUUCCUGGAAGAUGCUGUUGAGAUGACAAAUUACCGCCUGGCGGAGCACGACUCAAACGCCUUGGUGGAUGAGGAUACCGACGAAAUGGCUCCCGAAAAUGGCCAGGGUGAUUCGGCAGGUGGCCUACAAGCCGCGCUUGAAGGAUACUCCAAGCAGACGCGGGAAACGAUCCUCAACUUUGAUGAAUAUCGCCUCGACUAUCAGUUGAUCAGGAAGCUACUCAUCAAGCUUGCAACAAGCUCAGAGAUGGAGCAUUACAGUAAAGCCAUUCUGAUUUUCAUGCCUGGUAUGGCAGAAAUUCGACGCUUGAAUGAUGAGAUAUUGUCGGAACCAGAGUUUCAGAAGGGGUGGAUUGUCCACGCACUCCACUCAUCCAUCGCCAGUGAAGACCAAGAGAAAGCUUUCAAUGUGCCACCGCCGGGUACGAGAAAGAUUGUGAUUGCCACCAACAUUGCAGAAACUGGUGCGUUUCCCCAAUCAAUGGCCAAGUGUUGUCAUUAA